AUGUCCUCACCGACAGACCCGUCUCUCUUCCCUGUCCUUGCACAGAGCUCCCAUCACGAUCAUCCGCAUGCCCAUUCCGAGGUCCCGGUGGAUAUUUCAAAGCUUGACCUUCGGCUGUGCCGUCAUGGGGUCGUGAAGUUACUGCCGCUCGUGAAAGCGGCCUGGUCAUUGACUCUCCACAGGUUCUGCGAGGUUGACCAUGUGAGUUUCGGAUUUUGUGUUAUUAGGCCAGACGGCUCCAUUUCAGCGGAUGGAGAGCAAUGCUUGCAUGUCUCGAUUACGCCAGACACAAAGCUGCAAGAUCUCGUCGAUGAGGUUUGUGUUCAAAGCUUGCCGAUGCCUUCACCGAGGGACGAGCUAUACAACACCCGCUUGUCGGUGCAAGUGGUGACAUCGUGCGAGGGGCUUGACAUAGUGGUUCCAACACAAUGCACAAAAGAAAGAGACGUGAAAGAUGGCCCGCACUACGCGGUAGAGGUCCGGUUGACGAUCGAUCAAACCAACGUGAAACUAGGGUUGCAGUACGACAGUCGUAUCCUCUCCAGGAAACAGGCGCGUGACGUCGCCAGCACCGUCGAACAUGCUAUUACCAGUCUGCGGGUAGUUCCACAACAGACCGUUGGAGAGACCAGCCUAUGCAGUAGACAGAACCGCGAAGAUAUCACACGCUGGAAUGACAUCGACGGGGCCGAAUCCACCACGUUGAUCCACCAAGUCAUCCACAAUAACGCUAUGUCGGCGCCGAGGAAGCUGGCGGUGUCUUCAUGGGAUGGCGAGCUGACAUAUGAAGAUCUGGACAAGCUGUCUGAUCGAGUCGCUGCUUAUCUACACAGCUUCGGAGUCGGUGUCGGCGUCGCUGUCCCAGUAUUGUUUGAAAAGUCCAAAUGGUUUGUGGUCGCAGGCCUGGCAGUGCUGAAGGCUGGAGGGUGCUACGUACCAAUUGACCCAUCGACCCCAGCCAGCCGGUUGCGAGUCAUGAUUCAUGAAAUGAAGGCUGCUCUGGCUCUGACCUCCAACCAGAACUGCGAGCGUGUCAAAGGCAUAAUAGACCGGGUGGUCAUCCUCAACGACUUCACGAUCGUACACAUGCCACGUUCCAGCACCGAAUUGCCUCCACCUGUCCCCGGGAGCGCCGCAGGAUACAUCUUGUUUACCUCUGGAAGCACUGGUACCCCCAAAGGGUGCUUGCUAAGCCAUACAGCCUUUGCCAGCCUGGCCCCUUCGCACAGCGUGGCCCUACAGAUCACGCGGGAUAGCCGGGUGUUUCACUUCGCAUCCUGUGGCUUUGGCAUGGCCCUCAUCGAGGUCUUUUGCUCCCUAACCGCGGGAGCAACCCUCUGCAUUCCAUCGGAGACGGAUCGUACCUGUAAUCUGGCAGCGUCUAUCAAUCAGCUGCAGGCCACUUGGGCUAUCCUUACUCCCUCCGUCAUCCAGGGACUGAACUACGACGACAUCCCCUGCCUCGAGACGCUUGUGGUGGCAGGAGAGCCGCUCCCGCGUAGCUUGGUCAAGAGCUGGGCUACUGAGGUCCAGUUACUUCAAGCCUAUGGCCUGACAGAAUGGGCUGGCAUCUGUGCUGUGUCUAAUCCGCUUUCCCCGUCAGCAGAUAACACCUGCAUCGGUCGCCCUGCGAAUGCGCGUUUCUGGCUAGCCGAUCCACAAGACCCUCAGCAGCUUGUUCCCGUGGGCGCUGUUGGCGAACUACUUCUGGAGGGACCAUGUCUGGCGCAGGAGUACUUGAACAAGCCAGAAGAAACAGCGCGGGGGUUCAUCCUGCCUCCACGAUGGCGUUCACUGUUUCCACUGCCUCUCGCCUCCCAGCGCUUCUAUCGCACUGGUGACCUGAUGCGCUGCCGUGAGGAUGGAACUUACGAUAUUAUCGGCCGCACAGGAACCCAGGUCAAGAUUCGCGGUCAACGGGUGGAGCUGGGCGAGGUGGAGUAUCAUGUUCGAGAGCACUUCGAAUCCGCCGCGAAGGUCGUCGCCGAUAUGGUCAUUCCUGCCGGCGAAAGCACCCCUAUAUUCGUGGCCUUUAUCUUGCUGCGCUCCUCCGAAAACGGGUCAAACGUAGAUGGCCCUAUUCUAGCGCCCCCUUCGGAGCCGUUCCGCGCCAGAGCACAGGCAGCCGGCGCUUCCCUGUCUACGAUACUUCCGCGAUACAUGCUGCCGGACCUUUACGUUGAGCUCACGCGGAUUCCCUUGACCAUCACCCGCAAAACGAGCCGCAAGGAGCUCCGCCGAGUGGUAAGCGAGAAGACCAGGGAGGAGCUGAAUGCUUACGUGGAGUUGCGACAAGAACAUCGAAUGCCAAGCACCCGCAUGGAGCGCAUCCUGCAUGGUGUCUUUGCGAAGGCUCUCGACGUGGAUCCUUCCUCGAUUGGGAUCGAUGAUAGCUUCUUCCGACUGGGAGGCGAUUCCAUCAUUGCAAUGCAAGCAUGUAUGCUGUGUCGCAAACAAAAAGUCCAUCUCACUAUACAGGACCUCUUUCGACACAGGACUAUAGCGAAGCUGGCGAGACACAUCCGGGCUCCGGGAGGCAAUCCGCGCCCAGACGCAGCUCUGGAACCAUUCAGCCUCUCCUGCAUUCAACAAAGCUUUCUGCAGUCGGCCCCAGCGCACCAGCGCAACGGUACCGCUCAGAAGCUCUUCCUUCGUCUCGAAGGCUCGGCCGACGUAGACACGGUGCGUCAUGCAGUAUUAGAUAUUGUCGAGCGACAUCCAAGCUUGCGUACCCGCUUUCACCAACUCCACGAUGGCCAGUGGCGUCAGCAAUUCCAAGAGCAUAGUUCAGUGGUAUUUGGAUGGCAUGCGGAGCUGAUUGCCGACACCACGGAGAUUCCACGACUUGUCACUCAGCUGGAAAGCAGUCUGAGCAUUGAAGAGGGACCAGUUUUCACAGUGGCUCUGACUGAAUGUGACUCCAAGGAGCGCCACUUGUUGCUCGUCGCCCAUCGUCUUGUGGUAGAUAGCGAGUCGUGGUCCACAAUUGUCAAGGAUUUGGAUAUAGCGCUACAGGGAAACAUCACCUCUUUGGAUCCUGCACCCUCCGUGCGAGACUGGUGUCACGCACAGAAAGGACUGGCCCCAAUUGCCCAUAUGUAUUCACCUGUUGCCAACGGUCAUAAUGACGCGGGUGUCACUACAACCCCCGUCUUAGAGCUCCAGAUGGAGCUUGAUCGACAGCUGACGGAGACCCUGGUGGGCAAGGCAAAUCUCGCCUUCCGGACACAACCAGUCGACAUUAUUCAUGGUGCAAUGCGUCACUCAUAUAUAAGAGCACCGACUGCACUAGAGGCGAUGCUUUAUCUCGAAAUUCCUAAUCCGGGAUCCCCGGACAGCGCUAUAUCCAAUGCAGUCGGUUGGCUCAGCAAUAUUGUCCCGGCGGGGCCGAUGCGAGAUAGCGUCGAUGAAGAUGUCGUUGAACUGGUCCGACGGGCCAAGGAUACACGCAUACGCAAUGGGGUUUUAGAUCCGCCCAGUGACGCAAAAGCUCGGGAUACUCUAUGUGUACUCCUGCGAUUCGAUCCCGGCGAUCCCGUUGUCGGGUGGCGAGGACAGGCUUUGGUGCCGGAACGUUUACCUGACAACUGCAGCAGUGUAGAAGCCUCACCUCUGGCGAUGCUGGACGUCAUCGUCAGUAUGGUGCAAGGAAGACUAUACUUGACCUUCCGCACCCGGCACGGAAUUCUUUCCACUACUUUGCAGUCGUGGAUCGAACUGUUCAAAAAGUCUCUACAAGAGGCAGCUGCCGAAUUGAGUGAGAUUAAGGAUGGUUAUACUUUGGCCGACCUUGCCUUGCCAUCCUUGAGCUAUGACAAACUCCACGAAGCACUUCCAUCCUCUCCCAUGCAACAGGGAAUUCUGAUAGCUCAAGCAAAAGACCCGAAGACGUAUCAGAUUCAAUCAAUCUGGAAAGCGAAUCGGGAGGAUCUUUUCCCAGCUGAGGAGGUUUUGUUUCGGUUUAGGAAGGCCUGGCAGCAGGUUGUGCAACGACAUGCGAUGCUACGCACUGUCCUGGUCGAGAGUACCAGGAACGAGGGCGGGUUUGAUCAAGUCGUCCUCAAAUCCGUCACACCAAAAAUGGAUUGCUUUUGCCUGCCACGAGGCGACCCUUUGGCCGUGAUGCGUGAACACACCGAGGAUGUUGACUUCACAUCUCAGGAACCACAUCACCAGCUCACGGUGUGCGUCACCGGGGGUGCAGCCUACGUCGGUCUCACCAUAUCCCACGCCUUAGUGGACGCGCAAUCCGUCUCGAUUCUGUUGCGUGACCUGGGGCUCGCGUACGAUAAACGUCUGCCCGGGGGACAGGGCCCAUAUUACGGUGACUAUAUAUCCUAUCUCAGGAGUCUAGAUACCGGCCUGUCUGCCGAACACUGGCGGGAAUAUCUCUCGGGAGUGCCCCCUUGUAUACUCCCUCAUCUGGAUUAUCAGAGUCUUGACGAGGAGUGUCUGAAAGAAACCAGGACGGUAGAGGUCGAUAUAGACGGGGCAGCGGAACUGGAACAAUUUUGCGCGCAUGAGGGCGUCACCGUCUCGACCAUCUUUCAACUCGCUUGGGCCUUGGUCCUGCGCUGUUUUGCACAGACGGACGAUGUCUGCUUUGGCUAUCUUACUGCGGGUCGAGACGUUGCUCUAGAUGAUCUGGAGGAUGCCGUUGGCCCAUACAUCAACACCAUGAUCACUCGCGUCCACUUCGGUCGUGGUCGAACGGUGCGGGAAGUGCUCCAGGGAAUCCUAAAUGAUUUCAUCAAGAAUUCUCCCCAUCAACAUGCCCCCCUGGGACAGGUUCUCAGUGGCCUAAACCUUUCAGGCCCGCUCUUCAACACUGCAAUAUCUGUCCGAAGACCCUCCUCUCAUAUGGCAGGCAAUGCCUCAUCUCUGGGGCUGGAGAGUGUGUGGGAACUAAGCCCUACAGAGUAUGACCUGACGGCCAACGUGUUUGUCUCCAGCAUGUCUGUCCAUAUCUCCCUAUCGUACUGGACUUCUACUUGCUCAGAGGAGCAAGCAAUGAACUUUACCAGCACUUUGCAAAGAACGCUGGGCAUGAUCAUCAGCCAUCCCGACUCGUUCCCGGAACAGCUGGACCUAUUCAGCGAGCACAAUCACGCUUAUGUCGAGAGACUAAAUGCAAAGGCUUGUCAGAUGUUUAACAAAGUGAGUGGAUGCGUCCACCGCCUGGUUGAUCAACAGGCGAAAGUGCAGCCUCAAGCACCUGCUGUCUGCGCUUGGGACGGCGAAUUCACGUACGGGGAGCUUGACCACCUGGCCUCACAUCUAGCCAUCCGUCUCAUCCAACGUGGAGCCGGCCCCGAAGUGUUUAUCCCAAUUCACACCGAAAGGUCGAAAUGGACGUUGGUGGCCCUUCUGGCAGUAGUGAAAGCCGGGGCUGCAUUUAUCUUGUUCGAUCCCUCCCAUCCGCAGAGUCGACUACAAGCCAUGUGCGAAGAUUCCCGUGCCACCAUUAUCAUCUCCUCUGAGCUUCUAAAGGACAGGAGCAAACAACUUUGCCCAUCGGUCGUUGUCAUCGGAGAAAGCACCGCCAGCAUGACAACUCCCAUCGCAUCGCCCUACAUUUCACCCGUCGAGCCUUCCAAUGCGCUGUUCGCCGUCUUCACUUCUGGGUCGACCGGCAAGCCCAAGGGAGUUGUCAUCCAGCAUUCAUCGUUUUAUACGGGUGCCCCCGCAUGGGCACGAGUACUCAACCUUACCAACAACGCGCGGGUCUUGGCCUUCGCCUCCUUUACCUUUGACAUGAGCAUCGCCGAGCUCCUGAUGACACUGUGUCUCGGCGGCUGUGUAUGCGUCCCCUCGGAGGAGGAGCGCCUGAAUGACCUGGCUGGCGCCAUCAACCGUCUGGGGGCCAACACAAUGCUGGUCACCCCAUCGGUGCUUCGGCUCCUUGAUCCUAAGCAAGUACCCAACAUGCAUACGGUCCAGAUCGGCGGGGAGCCGGUGUUCGAAACUGAUUUCCAGAGAUGGGCCGAGCACUGUACCCUCAUUGAAGGUUACGGACCCGCCGAAUGUUGUAUCUACGCUUUCUUCCAGCCGCAAAUCAAUUGCCGCUCUGACCCCAGCAACAUCGGCCAUCCCACGCAGUGUCUGCCUUGGCUUCUGGACCCCACCGAUCCUGGACGGCUCGCUCCUGUCGGCAGUGUCGGCGAACUUCUCCUCGAGGGCCCUGCGGUGGGACGGGGAUAUCUGAACCAGCCCGACAAGACGGCCGAGGUCUUCAUUCCGCCGCCUCCAUGGCGCAGCCGCUUCUCUUUGCCUGUCCAGGGAAAGUUCUACAAGACUGGGGACCUGGUAAGAUACGGUCCAGACGGGACCGUACGGUUCGUAGGACGGAAAGGCACGCAGGUCAAGAUCAAUGGGCAGCGCAUGGAGCUGGGAGAGGUGGAGCACCAUCUGCGACAAUACCUGGGUCACACAAUUGACGUAGUUGUGGAUCUGGUGCGCUUCAAUGGACCAUCUGGUCCCCCGACUCUGACAGCGUUCCUGAGGCCAAAUCCUAAGUACCAGCGGCAAAGCUUUGCCAUCUUCAAGGCAGGCCUCCCGUCGAUGGUGUCAAGCCUGAAAGCCCAUCUCUGGAGCUCUCUGCCCCGUUACAUGGUCCCCAUGGCGUAUGUUCCUCUCCCGGAUUUCCCUACCAAUAAAUCGAUGAAGACGGACCGACCCCAGCUGCGGGAAUUGGCGAUCCGAUGGAGUCAGGAAGAAAUGGCCGGCCAUGCAUCUGAAGAGAAAACUCCGCCUCGCACCGCGAGGGAGCAACUGAUCCAGAAGCUCGUCUCCCAAACCUUGCAUCUGCCCGUCGACCAGGUUGGACUCAACGACAAUUUCUUCAUGCUCGGGGGCGAUUCGUCUCAUGCCAUCAAGCUCGUGUCUCUCGCACGCGGCGAGGGGCUCAGUCUGUCCGUCAAGGACAUUCUCAAGCAGCCGGUGCUAAUGAAUAUCGUGGCUCAUGAAGACAGCCCAGAGCUGGAUGCUGCGGCGACUGCUCCUACUUCCAAUACCAGGGUCAGCAGUGCGACGCAUCCUUGUGGUCUACUUGGCAUCAACGACGCCCCGGCAUUCAUCCGCGACACCAUCGCCCCUCAGAUCGAGUUUACUGCCGAUAGCAUUAUCGACGUCCUGCCCACGACGGAGUUCCAGGCCGAGUGUAUUCUCGACUGGCCCCUGUCAUACUUCUUGGUGACGAUGCACGGCCCUUUGGACAAAACACGUCUGCGAGCUGCCUGUCAGUUGCUAGUUGACCGCCAUGAGAUCUACCGGACGGUGUAUGUUCGCCAUGGGCCGGCCACCCUUCAGGUGGUUCUCAGGCAGAUCCCUCUCCCAUUCUCGGAAAUGCAAUACGACGAGGGCCAGGAUCUCGACAUGGUGUGUGAGGCGGUCUGUCGCGCCGACUCCAAGCAUGGCGUGCCCCUAGGCCAGGUGCCCACCAAAUUCACCCUCUUCUCUCACAGCAAGGACCCCCACUAUCACAUUCUCGCCUUCCGACUCUCCCACGCCCAGUACGACGGAUACUCCUUGGCCACCGUCUUCAAGGAUCUCUCCGCCCUCUACGAAGGCACUCCGCUGGACCCCGUGACGAACUACUCCGCCUACAUCCACCAUCUCGCCUCCCAGUCUGCCGCUCGGGCCCACGCCUUCUGGAGUCAUAUCCUAAAGGACAGCCCGCCGCCCAUCCGCCUCCAACAUCUCUCCCUCGGCGCAGAGCCCGAGGACCACACAGCCGGGACGCUCAUUGGGCUCACUGAGGAGAUCUCCCUCCCCAAACUACCCCCAACCAUCACUACCGCCACCCUCAUGAAGGCAGCAACCGCCCUCCUACUCAUGCGCCUCACCAACGAACGCGAUUUGGUCUUCGCACAGGUCGUCAGCGGCCGCAGCGUACCCCUUGCCGGGGUCGAGAGUAUCCUCGGCGUCUGCGCCAACAUCGUCCCCGUGCGCGUCAAAGUGCAUCCAAAACACACCGUCCUGGACCUCCUCCAGAACAUUCAAAUGCAGCACAUUGAUGCGAUCGAGUACGAGACCACAGGGAUGUGCGAGAUCCGCCGGGCCUGUCCCGCGUGGCCGGAGAACGCGCCACUGGGCUGUCUGAUCCAGCAUCAGAACGUCGACGUGACGCCGCAGUUCGCGCUGGGCUCGGUGGAGUGCAGUACACGGAUGUUUGGCGGCGAGUUCAAGCGACAGUUCCUGCAUGUGGUGACGUCGCCGCGGGGCCAUCGUACGGUGGUGCAGAUCUUUGCGCCGAGUUGGUUGAUGAAUUUGUCCUGGUGUAAGCGAGUCAUUGCGCAGCUAUGUGAGACGGCCACUUGGCUGGCGGCCAAUCCGCUUCGUUUGGUGACAGAAUGUCCGGAUCAGUUGACUUUGAAAAAUUAA